AUGUCAAUAUACACUGCUCAUAAUAGAAAUAACAGCUGUAUCCUUGGUACUCCUUCUUCUCAAAAGAGUUCAUCACUGAGUGUCGUCACCCACAGUAACAGACUUAAGCUGCAUUUGAACUCGAAUAUGUCAGAACGUGAAAAUGAUAAUCCGUUACUGAGAUCUGCAAGUAAAAUCAGAGACAUAAAUAGCACUUAUAUUAUUUCUACCUGUAAAAAACCAGAAGAUACACCCGUUACCCCUAACCCUGUAGGUAGAUUGGCACUUCAGAGAAGAGCUACAAGGAACACAGAAUCAUCUUUGCUUGGUAGUGAAUUGGGAGACACAACUGAAAAAACAGCAGAAAAACGUCUUAUAUUACAACGUCGCGUUAAAACAGAUUCUGUGGAAAAGUGGAAAACAGCUAAGACAGAUUCUGUCAAAAAGUGGAAAAUAACGCAGAAUGUGGGCAGUGAAACAGGAAAUAAUUGUGCUUCAGAGGAAACUAGUACAAAUGUAAAGACUGUAAAUAAUGAUAAAAACUCUUUUGUUGCACCUUCUGUAUCUUUAGUUGAAGAUCCAAAAGACGUGGAAAUGAUGGCUGAUGAGAGACAUAAAGAAACAUUUUCUGCCAUCAGUGGGGCAAAUGGAAAUGUCGCACUGAAGUGCUCAAGUAAUACAGCACUUGUUGGUUCCCAGAGUCAGGCCGAAGUUGUUAGAUCAGGACAUUUGGCAACAAAACCUGUUCAGAAUAAGUUGGAUAUUAAAGUGUCGGGAACAAGAAACUUGCAUCAUAGAAGUAUUGGGAAAAAUCCAAAUAAAUUUGGAAGCUUAGAAAAAAGAACACCUACAAAAUGUAUAACAGAACACUCAUUGAUGCCGAAGUGCAGCACGCCUCAGUUUGAGAGCCCAGCUGCCUCACUACUGAAGAAUAGGAUGCCUAACCUUCAAGUUAAACAAAGGCCAAAAGACUCUUUUCUUGCAAAUAAAAGGGAAAGGUCACAAGAAAAUACACUUCCUCUUGAAGAAGAAAGUGCGGUUCAGAACACCUCUACAGAAAAAGACCUCUUAAAAGUAGAGAAUAGUCAAGUGACAGUGGCCGUACGUGUAAGGCCUUUCACCAAGAGAGAGAAGAUUGAAAAAGCAUCCCAGGUGGUCUUCAUGAAUGCGGAAGAAAUAACUGUGGAACACCCUGACAUGAAACAAAUUUAUAAAUUUAUUUAUGAUGUUUCGUUGUGGUCUUUUGAUGAAUGUCAUCCUCACUAUGCCAGCCAAACAACCGUCUACGAGACUCUAGCAGCACCACUCCUAGACAGUGCCUUUGAAGGUUACAAUACCUGUCUCUUUGCUUAUGGCCAGACUGGCUCUGGAAAAUCAUAUACGAUGAUGGGAUUUAGUGAAGAACCAGGAAUAAUUCCAAGAUUUUGUGAAGAUCUUUUUGCUCAAGUAGCACAAAAACAGUCCCAAGAGCUCAACUAUCACCUUGAAAUGAGCUUCUUUGAAGUAUAUAAUGAAAAAAUUCAUGACCUUCUGGUUUGUAAAGGUGAAAAUGGGCAGAGAAAGCAACCGCUGAGAGUAAGGGAGCAUCCCAUUUCCGGUCCAUAUGUUGAAGCGCUGUCAAUGAAUGUUGUCAGUUCUUACUCUGAUAUCCAGAGUUGGCUAGAAUUGGGAAAUAAACAAAGAGCAACUGCUGCUACUGGUAUGAAUGAUAAAAGCUCACGGUCUCAUUCAGUGUUUACCCUGGUGAUGACCCAGACCAAGACAGAAUUUGUGGAAGGGGAAGAACACGAUCACAGAAUAACAAGCCGCAUAAACCUAAUUGAUCUGGCAGGCAGCGAGCGCUGCUCUAGGGCUCACACUAGUGGAGAUCGACUGAAGGAAGGUGUGAGUAUUAACAAGUCCUUGCUAACUCUGGGAAAGGUUAUAUCUGCACUCUCUGAACAAGCAAACGGAAAGAGAGUUUUUAUUCCUUAUCGUGAAUCUGUUCUAACAUGGCUAUUAAAAGAAAGUCUGGGUGGAAAUUCAAAAACUACAAUGAUUGCUACGAUCAGUCCUGCUGCCAGCAACAUAGAAGAAACAUUAAGCACACUUAGAUAUGCUAACCAAGCCCGUUUGAUAGUCAACAUCGCCAAAGUAAAUGAAGAUAUGAAUGCUAAGUUAAUUAGAGAACUGAAAGCAGAAAUUGAAAAGCUAAAAGCUGCUCAGAGAAACAGUCGGAAUAUUGACCCAGAACGAUACAGGCUCUAUCGGCAAGAAAUAACAUCCUUAAGAAUGAAGCUUCAUCAACAGGAGAAGGACAUGGCAGAAAUGCAAAGAGUGUGGAAAGAAAAGUUUGAACAAGCUGAAAAAAGAAAACUUCAAGAAACAAAGGAGUUGCAGAAAGCAGGAAUUACAUUUCAAAUGGACAACCAUUUGCCAAACCUCGUUAAUCUCAAUGAAGAUCCACAACUAUCGGAAAUGCUGCUAUAUAUGAUAAAAGAAGGGACAACUACAGUUGGAAAGUAUAAACCAAACUCAGGCCAUGAUAUUCAGUUAUCUGGGGUGCUGAUUGCUGAUGAUCAUUGUACUAUCAAAAAUUUUGGUGGGACAGUGAGUAUUGUCCCAGUUGGUGAAGCAAAGACAUAUGUAAAUGGAAAACAUAUUUUGGAAUCCACAGUAUUACAUCAUGGUGAUCGGGUGAUUCUCGGUGGAGAUCAUUAUUUUAGAUUUAAUCAUCCAGUAGAAGUCCAGAAAGGGAAAAGACCAUCGGGUAGAGAUACUCUUACAAGCGAGGGUCCAAAAGACUUUGAAUUUGCAAAAAAUGAGUUGCUCAUGGCACAGCGAUCACAACUUGAAGCAGAAAUAAAAGAGGCAAGGUUGAAAGCAAAGGAAGAAAUGAUGCAAGGAAUCCAAAUUGCAAAAGAAAUGGCUCAGCAAGAGCUUUCUUCUCAAAAAGCUGCAUAUGAAAACAAAAUAAAAGCACUGGAAGCAGAACUGAAAGAAGAAUCUCAAAGGAAGAAAAUGCAGGAAAUAAAUAACCAAAAGGCUAAUCACAAAAUUGAGGAAUUAGAAAAGGCAAAACAACACCUUGAACAGGAAAUAUAUGUCAACAAAAAGCGAUUAGAAAUGGAGACUUUGGCUACAAAGCAGGCCUUAGAAGACCACAGCAUUCAUCAUGCAAGAAUUCUCGAAGCUUUAGAAACUGAAAAGCAAAAAAUUGCUAAAGAAGUACAAAUUCUACAGCAGAAUCAGAGUAAUAGGGAUAAAACUUUUACAAUUCAGCCAAAUUGGAGCUCCAUGAAACUCUCAAUGAUGAUUCAGGAAGCCAAUGCCAUCAGCAACAGAUUUAAAAAAUGUUAUGUUUUUGGCAGACAUGAUGUAUCUGAUAAAGGUGGUUCUGACACUUCCAUUCGGGUUCGUAAUCUGCAACUAGGGAUAUCAGCUUUCUGGAGUCUGGAAAAGUUUGAAUCUAAACUUGCAGCAAUGAAAGAACUUUACGAGAGUAAUGGUAGUAACAGGGGUGAAGAUGUCUUUUGUGAUCCUGAAGAUGAAUGGGAGCCUGACAUUACAAAUGCACCAGUUUCUUCAUUGUCUAGAAGGAGGAGCAGAAGUUUGAUGAAGAAUCGAAGAAUUUCUGGUUGUUUACAUGACAUACCAGUCCACCCAGUUCAGAAUUUGCAUUCUUCACAUUCAUCAGGCUUAAUGGGGAAAUCAAGCACCAUUUACUCAAAUUCAGCAGAAUCAUUUCUUCCUGGAAUUUGCAAAGAAUUGAUUGGUUUAUCAUUAGAUUUUCUUGGACAGAGUUAUGAUGAAGAAGAAAGUAUAGCAGAUAGCCUGAUGAAUAAUUUUCUUAAAAUUUAUAGUGGUCUAUUUGCCAUUUCCAAAGCUCAUGAAGAACAAGAUGAAGAAAGUCAAGAUAACUUGUUCUCUUCUGAUCGAGCAACCCAGUCACUUACUAUCCAGAUUGCAUGUGCUUUUGAGCAGCUUGUGGUGCUAAUCAAACACUGGCUGAAUGAUUUUUUACCUUGUUCCAACGUAGCAAGACUUGAAGAUGAAUUGAGACAAGAAGUUAAAAAACUGGGAGGCUACUUACAGUUAUUUUUGCAGGGAUGCUGUUCAGAUAUUUUGUCAAUGGUAAAAGAAGCUCAAAAGAAAGUGAUCGAGAUUGUACAACAAGCUGUAAAGUAUGUGGGACAAUUAGCAGUUCUGAAAGGGAGCAAGCUACAUUUUCUGGAAAACAGUGACAAUAAGGCUGUCAGUGUCCAGGAGGAGUUCAUGAAUGCUGUUUGUGAUGGUGUAGGCUUAGGAAUGAAGGUUCUAUUAGAUUCGGGACUGGAAAAAGUAAAAGAACUUCAGCAUGAACUCUUAAGGCAGUGUAUACGAAAUGAGGUUACUAAACAGAUGAAAACUAAUGCCAUGGGAUUGAUCAGAUCUCUUGAAAACAUCUUUACUGAAUGGAAAAUAAAAAGUUUCAGAACUCAAGUACAAGAAGAAAAUUCGGGAUAUCAAGAUUCCAAGAAGAUGAUUAACCUUGCCCCAGAAUUCUUGAAGUUAAAACAUUGCUUCGAGAAAACUAUUCAAAUUAUUAUUUCUGCACUGAGAGGAUGCUACAGUGAUAUAAAUCUUCUCAAGAAUUGCGUUGAAAGUAUUUGCAACUUGGCCAGUGAUUUUCAGAAUGAAUGCAGCAUGACCUCUACUUCCCUUGACAGCUGUGAGAAUGGCAUACCCCAAGUUCGCCACAGGGAACUGGAAUCUCUAGCUAAGUCACUCCUCUUAUGUUUUGCAUCUGAAGAAAGACCCAAUUUGUUGAAACCGUGGGAAACUUGUAAUCAAGAUACCAGAGAAGAACAACCACCACAAUCUAAAUCAAGCAGAACUGACUGCAGUAGGAAUAAAGGUGUACCAAAGCGUGUCUAUGCACACAGUGGCUCAUCCCUAGCAGUGAGCUCAGAGGGAUGCAAACCCAGUAGGAUUCAGUGGGUGUGA